AUGACAACAGUGGAAGAAUUCCUUCGGCCACCACAUGGCCCGGAAGAAUUUGGCCAUGUUUUGGUUAGUAUUUUUGAGGAUAAUCACAUAAACCAUGAUUCGAACAACAUUUUUCAGAAUGGCCAAAAUCAUGAUGCAGACAAUACUUCUGAGAAUAGCCAGAAUCAUGAUACGACUAACAGUCAUUACUCGCCGCUUGCUGAGUUUAUUCACCAGUGGACAGAAUUUGAUGUCCACAGAAUUUCUCUGGAUCCGCUCAUUACAAAUAGCCUCUCCAUGCCAUGUGAGGUGAGGUGGGAGCCGCAGGUUCCCACAUUUGCGCGUAUCAUCUAUAGCGAGCGACAGCUUGAGGCUUUAUAUCUGCAGACACUCAUCACUCGAGUCAACAUUGCACUUGAUAAAGCAAUCCCAUCAACAGAAGACCGAAUUGCCAUCGUCGUUGGACCUGGAGCCUUUGAAAACGUCUCUCCCGAGGCCACUGCGAAAACGCUCAUACCAGACUGGAUAGUCGUUCAAGGCAAGUUUAACAUUGGCUUAGACGCUGAUGCGCUGCCGAUUCUCAAGGACCUCGCGGCGAAACGCAAAAUACUCGCAGUUGGCGACACCAAGUUGGUCCGGCAGCGGGACCGUAAACCCAAGGUCCCUUACACGAAUGCGUGCCAUCGCGACUUCUUGCGUCAGGUCCAAGAUUAUUGCCUCAACUUGUAUACACGUUUUGGCUUUAUUCUGUCCAACGAAGAGCUGGUAGUGGCAAAAUUCGAGCGCGCGCAGGACUCAAGCCCUCGCAAGCCUAACCAGAGAGGAUUGCGUUCCAACGGCGCACAACUGCUUGUCCCCGGCUUGGACUCUCAAGGGUCUGAUGUCCCAGCUCCGGCAGACGGGGGCGAUGAUCUCCGGAGCCGGGACGAUCAUCUUCCCAAAACGCCGGGCAGCGAUGACCCAUAUCAGCUGCCACCGUUCGCAACGCCGGCCCAAGCAACGCCGGGCCAUGUUCCGUCCAAGCGACCAUAUUCAACCAGCCCCGAAACAAGCCAUACCUCGGCCGCCCCGAGAAUGUAUCAAAGGGGCCACAGCCAUUCAGGCAGCGAUGCGGGUAAUAGUGGCCCCCGCCAGAUUCUCAGCGAUCCGGCGUCAUCGUCUCAAGACCAUAGCGUUUUCGCUCCAUCGGAUAGAGACGUUGACGUGGGAGCUAUACACAUCCGAAGCAUUGAUAUGAUGGGUUGGGGAGAAGACAAUUUUGACAUGAUGGAUUGGGAGGAAGAGAAAAAGGAGAGUCCCUAUAAGGCUCUCUUCAUGUUUGUAAUGAUGGUUCGGGCAUUUAAACAGGGUGGGAAUACUCUUGAAAUUUGA